UUGUUUUGUUUUAUGUGCGGGUAAUGUUUAGCAACUGUUUUCAGUUUUCACAAAUUCGUUUUGGGUUUGUGAACAACCGGAUGUUUAGUUGGAUAUGUAAUCUUAGGUGUGUAAACUUUUUAAAAACUUGAUUUAUAGACUUAUUUAAACAAAAAUCUAUUAACUGUUCAGUUAGCUAACCUAGCUAACUGGGUUAUAAAGAGGGAAAAUCUAGCAAAGGUUUGAGUUGCAGAAUGGUUCAUAUAUCUUUAUUUGGAACUUUGAUCUCUUGCAAAGAUCACCCGUUCAUAAAAUGUGUGCUAGCUAACAAGGUGAAGUUAUAAACACAAAUCCCUAACCUUGAACGCAGUUGGCUAUUUCAGCCACUGAAAAAUCACUUUUAGUUACAAGUAGGUGUGAUGAAUUGUCCAGGAACAAAGAUCAUCUGUUUUGGACAACCUCCUGAUAUUAAGAGAAAUGGAUGAGAAACCUACACCAAGGCAGUCAAAUCGCCUCCAUCAGGUACAGCCUUCUGAAGCUGAAGUACAAAAGAAGCAAAGACAGAAGAAGCAGUGCUUGCCUGUGGAUUCAACCUCAGCACAAGAUGAGGAGAAUUUACAAGCCCUAAAUGUGCCUGAGUCCAAACUGAUGAAAGAAACAUACGUUACUCAUAGAUAUGCAUCUGUGAAACAGAUGGUAGCAGAAUCAUGUUUACCAGAGAAAAGAGGUCAGCUUUGUGAUAUUACUGAAAAUGAUCAUUGUGAACUGCAAUUGCAAAGUGCAGCAAAUAUCAGGAAAUCAAAUGCACGGCCAGCAUCACCAUUACUGGAAUGUGGAGGAGCCAAAACGUGCGGAAAAAUAACGAAGGACUGGAAGGACCUUGCGCAGAGGUUGCUGUUCAGUGAAACCAAAAGCAGUGGUACAAGACAGCAAACACAUGUGUAUGAGUCGAGACUUGAGAAACGAGCAGAAAGCUGUUCACCUCAGUGGGCAGCCACUUGCACAAGAAAAACAUUAGUCUCAAAUGAUGGGCCAACGCUCAAGUCCAGAGGAGUUCAGUCAGAAAACAGCCCUGAUGGUCCUAUGAAUAACACAAAGGGUUACAUUCUCUUUAGUCCAACAUGUAUGGCUGCUGCCAAAAAAGGGUGUGAUGUGCUGCAGCAGAAACCAACCUAUGCAAAUAUGUCCAUCUCUGUGCUCACUCCUCCACCUGGUCUGGAACUGAGCAUACUGAGUGGCUCACAGGGGGAUGCAGCACAAAAUGUCCACAUGGCUGUUCCUGCUGAUCAAAGAGACAAGCUUUUGCUUUCUAGCUGGGGUCUUCCAAAGCCAGUGCUAGAGAAGUACCAGAGUCUGGGUGUUAAGCAGAUGUUUGAGUGGCAGGCAGAAUGCCUCACCUUGGGUAAAGUGCUGGAGGGCAAGAAUCUGGUGUACUCAGCUCCAACCAGUGCUGGGAAAACACUGGUUUCUGAGUUAUUAAUCUUAAAAAGGGUCUUGGAGACUAGACGUAAGGCCAUAUUCAUUCUUCCGUUUGUUUCUGUGGCAAGAGAGAAAAUGUUUUAUCUACAGAAUGUAUUUCAAGAGGCAGGGAUCCGAGUUGAAGGAUACAUGGGGAGCACCUCAGCAGCUGGUGGCUUCUCUGCACUGGAUGUGGCUGUAUGUACAAUAGAAAAAGCCAAUGGACUCAUUAACAGACUUAUUGAAGAGGACAAGAUAGAUUUGCUAGGGACUGUUGUUGUAGAUGAGCUACACAUGGUGGGGGACUCUGGUCGUGGAUACUUGUUGGAGCUCUUGCUAACCAAGAUCCAAUACAUUGCCAGAAAAUCAGCAGAGAAGUGCACUGAUAAGAGUUCUGCUGAAGGUGUACAGAUUGUUGGAAUGAGUGCCACAUUGCCAAACCUGGACCUCCUUGCCCGCUGGCUGAGUGCUGAGCUGUACCAUACAGACUACCGUCCAGUGCCACUGAUGGAGUGGGUUAAGAUUGGCCAUAAAAUAUAUGACGGUUCCAUGAAUCAUGUCAGACCAUUCACACCCACUCUACCCAUCAAGGGUGAUGAUGAUCAUAUACUGAGUCUCUGCUUUGAGACUGUGCAGGCUGGUCACUCUGUGCUGCUCUUCUGCCCUUCUAAGAGCUGGUGCGAAAAGCUGGCAGACAGUAUUGCCAGGGAGUUUUACAACCUUCAUUACCAAGUGAAACAGUCAUACUCUGGAGUCCAGCCUGUGUCUCUGAACCAAGAAGGUCUCCAAGAUGUGGUGGCUCAACUGAAACGUACUCCUGCAGGCCUUGACCAGGUUCUACACCGUACUGUUCUCUGGGGAGUGGCAUUCCAUCAUGCAGGUUUGACAUUUGAUGAGCGCGAUAUCCUGGAAGGUGCUUUUCGUCAUGGCUACAUCAGGGUCCUGGUUGCCACUUCCACUUUGUCCUCUGGUGUAAACCUACCUGCCCGACGGGUGAUUAUCAGAACACCAGUAUUCAACGGACAUCUGUUGGACAUACUGACCUACAAACAGAUGGUGGGUCGAGCGGGCCGUAAAGGAGUGGACACUGUUGGUGAGAGUGUGCUUGUGUGCAAGGAGUCCGAGCGUAUGAAAGGGGUCAGUGUGAUCCAGGGCUCUCUUAAACCCAUCAGCAGCUGCCUCAUGAAAAGGGAGGGGGAGGGUGUCACUACUAGCAUGCUCAGAGCCAUCCUGGAGAUUAUAGUUAGUGGAGUUGCAAGCACACCAGAGGAGGUGAGGACUUAUGCAUCCUGCACACUGUUGGCAGCUGGUUUGGCAUCUGAACAGCCUGAUCAAGGUGGUGAGUUGCCUGGAGCUGUUCUUAGUGGUGGUGCCAUUGAGGGCUGCAUAGACUGGCUGAUGGACAAUGAGUUCAUUCAUAUGCAGAAGGAAGGCAAUGUGGAGAGAUACUGCCCCACUCAUCUGGGCUCAGCCACUCUGUCAUCAUCCCUAUCCCCACCAGAGGCCCUUGGGAUCUUUGCUGACUUACAACGAGCAAUGAAAGUAUUUGUCCUGGAAAAUGAUCUCCAUAUUCUUUACCAGAUAACACCAGUUUAUGUUGACUGGACAACAAUAGAUUGGUACCAGUUUUUCUGUUUGUGGGAGCAACUACCUUCCGCAAUGAAGCGAGUUGCAGAAAUAGUGGGCAUCCAGGAAGGUUUUCUGGCACGAUCUGUCAGUGGAAAAUUAAUUGCUAAAACUGAAAAGCAGCGCAGACAGAUGGCCAUUCACAAACGUUUUUUCUCAACACUUGUGCUUUUUGAUCUGGUCUCUGAGGAACCCCUCGGUUUAGUUGCAAAAAAGUAUGGUUGCAGCCGAGGACAGUUGCAGUCACUUCAGCAGUCAGCUUCUACCUAUGCAGGUAUGGUUACAGUCUUCUGUAAUCGACUCGGAUGGCACAACCUCGAGCUAUUGCUGUCUCACUUCCAAAGUCGGCUGAGUUUUGGAGUGCAGCGAGAGCUCUGUGACCUGGUGCGGAUCUCUCUUCUGAAUGCCCAAAGAGCACGUGCACUGUACAGUGCAGGGUUUGUCACUGUGGCAGAGGUAGCAAGGGCAAAUGUCACUGAUGUAGAGAAGGCCCUGAGGAAAGCCAUUCCUUUCAAAAGUUCUAGACAGGCUGUGGAUGAGAGUGAAGAGGAAGCACAGGAGCGCAGGAGCAUGCACUGUAUCUGGGUCAGUGGGAAGAAGGCUCUGACUGAGAGUGAGGCUGCACAGCAGAUUGUGUCAGAGGCCAGGCUCCUCCUCAGGCAGGACCUGGCCCAUCUGGGUGUGGAGUGGAAUCCCAAUAUUUCCCUGGCUGAGGUCAGAGCAACUUCUUCUGACGAAUUAUCAUAUCAAGAGUCACAGGAUUGCAGUUUACAAAUUCCAGUGGCUCUACAAACUGAAGAUUUAUCUGAGAAGAAAAACACUAUUUUUGAUGGAGAAGAGAGAUUGAGUAAGACUGUAGAAAGUCAUCAGAUAUUAGUAAAGGAUCAAAACUCUGUCUCUGACCACACUCAAUGUCCUACAAAGACAAGGCAUUCCCCUGCAAGUCUGAAAGACUCUCUGUUUGCAGUUAUGACCGAUCCGAUUAGGGAAUCUGCUACAAGUCAAGCAGUUAUGACAUCUAUCUGCACUGCAAACAAUGAGCAGUAUUCUUGUGCAUUACAUAAAGUUCUCAAAUCUAUAAAUGUUAAAGAUAUAGCAGGUCACAAGGGCUGCAAAACAACUGAGUCGGCAUCAGCCUUCACAGCAAAAUCUUCUCAGAGGCGCUGUAGACAUGAUUCUGAUGUACAAAGAGUGUCUCCUUUACAUAGUGAAUGUAAUUUUAUACGUCCACGGUCUAAACGUAGAAGGGUGGAUGAUGAAAUGAUUGAAAAUAUUGGUUCUGUACGCACAGUCAUUGAAACAGAAGAAGCAUGUUCAACAGCUGCAGUGGCUCUCAAAACUGCGUCACCUGCUUUUGAUGGAAUUUCACUGAAAAAUAAUCAGAGCGAGGUAAACAUAAAAAAAAUCCCAGAAUUACCUAAAGACUAUGAGACAAAAAUGGCAUCAUAUGUUCCGUUUAAUGUUGAACACACGUCAAUGUUAGCGAGUCAUGGGUGUUUUCCCACAGGUGAUGGGGAAAAGUGCUCUGAAUUAAAAAAUGUUAAUCAUGGUUCAGAUGAUCUCAACAAGAUGAUACUUAAAGAAGUUGAAACUAAAAAGGGGAACUACAGAGACGAGGGCUGUUACAGGAAGCUUACUCAGGGAAAUAUAUCAAAACAACAUGAAAAUCAAAAUAUGCCAGUGGGAUUUUUGUUGAGCUCAAAAGCAAAUUCUGAAGUUACAACUAAUAUAAUACAGAAUCAGCAGGAAAAUUGCAACUCUCCUGACUUGUACACAGGUGAAUUGGAAGCAUUUGGUGAUAGUUUUCAGCUUGAUACACAAACUGAAAGAAUAUUGCUACAAGAUGACAAACUGCUUCAUCAUAAUGACAAUCUAAAUGUUAUUCAGACAAUUAAGAAGACUGACUUAGUUGGCACAGAAAAUCUGAACAAGUCCAACCAAAACUCUCCACCUGAAAAUAAAAAUCAAAUCUUACAGAAGAUGCCUGAAGAUGAAAAUGGUAAGAAAGACUAUAAUGAGGGCACAUCUGUCUUUUCCAAAGAUGAUCCAAACAAACAAUACAAUAAUCUGCCAGUAAAUGCAGCUAUACCCAAGUAUAACAUUUCACUGACAGAUAGCCAAAUGGAGAAUAUUCUUAAUUUGACUAAUAAUGUGCCUGAAAGAGAAUCUUGGGAAAUGGAAUUAAAACAGCAUGAACCUCAGUCUGAAAAGGACAAAUUUACCAGUGUGACAACAGAAAUGGAUGAAAAUGUGGACAAUAGCCCCAACAGGAGCAGCAGUUUUCUCUUUGAUAGUCUGUAUGACAGUUCCAUUUUGGAGGCCAUGGAAGAGGAAGCAGAAAGAGCUGAAGAGGUAGAGCAAGAACAAGCUCUGGAUGCUUGUACUACUCCACAUGUCCUGUCCACUAAAAAAACUGGGGAGAUUAGAGAUGACAUUCAAUUGGAGGAUCAUGAAGCUGUUCAGUGGGGUGAGUCUUCCUUCAACCUGUCGGAAUGGGGAGAUUCGUUACUCAUUGGGGAGCACCAUCUGGAGAAACUAAACAGGGGUUUCAAGGCGUGUGGCAGACCAAAAUUAAGUGAUGAAGAAAAGCCCUCUUACACAGAUGAUGCUGUGUCAGAGUUACAAAAGUCCCAAAGUAAUGCAACUCAUGUAGAAACUGCUGAUUGUUCAUUUAAUAUCAGUGAAAUGCAAGAUAUGUUUGAUAAGUGGACGGAACACUUUUCAGCAUUCCAUGAGCCUCAUGAACAAUUAGGUGCAAACGUCCCAGAUAAGGUGCCUUCGGUUGAAGUGAAGAAAGUUAACAUGGCAAUAACUAACACAAACAGUGAGUUGGAGCAUGCAAAUCAAAGUGGACUGAGAUCAGAGAAUUUCCAUGUCAUCAAGCCAAAUUCAGUAAGCGGUCACCUUAUUCCUCCAAUACCUGUAUGUGAACCUGACACACCCAGAUUCAAAAUGACAACUUCAGAUAUACAGACACCUCCAAAUCCCAGAAGUGGCCUAAAGUGUACACUGAAUUUGCAUGCAAGUUCUGUUACAAAGAAUGAUCAGGAUCCUUGUUUGGAGCUCAAGGCCUCAUCAAUCACUGAUGAUGACUGUUUACCGCAACUUUCUCAUGAUACCUCUCCCCUGGGUUCCAACUCUAGUAGUCCGGAGUCCUUCUCCAUAAUUGAUGUAGCGAGUGAUAAAAAGCUUUUUGAAACAUUUCUAAAUGAGUGGAAGACCAAGAACAGAUUUUCUCUUGCAGUUGCUUGUGAGAAGAUAGGUGAUACAGGGCAACCUGAACCUACUUUAGGGAGCAAAUUCAAAAAAGCAACUACUCCUAUGAGAAUCAAAAGAAAAGAUGGGUUUGUCAUAAAAGGCCAUGAGAAUCUGAUUGUAACUGGUAUCUCUGUAUGCUGGGGAAGAAAAGAUGCUUAUUAUGUAUCACUGCAAAAUGAGCUAACGGACACAGCCAUAAGUGCAAGCUUAGCCCCACCUCCCCUUGAUGAUAGUCUGACAGUGGGGGACAGAUUGAAGGAAAUUCAGAACUGUUUGGCAAGAUCAUCUUCUGGCAACAAUGGAGUGAUAGUUGCUUAUGACUUUAUUCAGCUGUACAAGACUCUACUUUUGGCAUGUGAACUUCCAGUAACGGGUACAUUUGAGGAUCCUAAGGUUGCCUGUUGGCUUCUGGAUCCUGGCUCCAAGGAGCGCACCCUUCACAACAUGGUGACAAGCUUUAUUCCUCAGGAUCUCUUCUUGUUGGAUGGGAUUAGCUCUGGUCAGGGUGUGAAAAGUCUGGCAAUAUGUGGAGAUUCCAGUCAGUCUGGACGCUACAGAGCAGCCAUUGAAUCUGUUCUCGUCUUUAGGGUCAUGAGGCAGCUUAAUGUUCUCCUGGAACAAGAUCAUUUCUUAGAUGUAUUCCAGAGAGUGGAAAUGCCCUCUCAGUAUUGCUUAGCUCUGCUAGAGCUGAACGGUUUUGGAUUUAGUGUGGCUGAAUGUGAAGCUCAGAAACAUGUGAUGCAAGCCAAGCUCAGCGACCUGGAAUCCCAGGCCUACCAGCUAGCUGGUCACAGCUUCUCACUGACCAGCCCAGAGGAUGUUGCUGAGGUACUUUUUAUUGAGCUAAAGCUCCCUCCCAAUGGUGAUUUAAAUUAUCUAAAGUAUAAAAAGACUUUGGGCUACACUAGAAGGGCUGGAGCAGGUGUCCACAUAAAACUUUCUAAGCAAUUUAGCACUACCAAGGACAUACUGGAAAAACUCGCACCACUGCAUGAGUUACCAGGAAUCAUCUUAGAAUGGAGGAGGAUUACAAAUGCUCUGACCAAGGUGGUAUUUCCUCUGCAAAGAGAGAAGACCUGGCACCCUAAUUUAGAGAUGGACAGAAUACAUCCAGUGUCUCAGUCUCACACAGCUACAGGAAGGGUGAGCUUUACUGAACCCAAUAUUCAGAAUGUGCCAAAAGACUUUGAAAUCCAAAUGCCAACCAUAAUUGGAGAAAGCCAACAUUCACUGAAUAACACAACCAGUAUCUCAAACAAGACAAGGACCAACAUAUACAGGUCACAUAAGGUAGCAUCACAAGUAAACGAUUCGGACACAUUUCCAGAGAAGGGAAUGCCUUUUUUCAUCAGCAUGAGACAUGCUUUUGUUCCUUUUUCAGGGGCAAUAAUUCUGGCUGCGGACUACUCCCAGCUCGAGCUACGUGUCUUGGCUCACUUGUCUUGUGAUAGACGGCUUCUUCAAGUGCUCAACAGUGGUGAAGAUGUUUUCAAAAGCAUCGCUGCAGAGUGGAAGAUGGUGGACCCUGACUCGGUAGAUGAUCACACGAGACAACAGGCAAAACAGAUUUGUUAUGGAAUAAUAUAUGGCAUGGGAGCAAAGUCACUAGGAGAACAAAUGAGUAUUGAUGAAAAUGAUGCAGCCUGCUAUAUCGAAACAUUUAAAUCCAGAUACAAAGGCAUACAGGCAUUUCUUCAAGAAACAGUGAAGAACUGCAGCAAAAAUGGUUUUGUGAAGACUUUACUGGGUAGGAAAAGGUUUCUCCCUGGGAUCAAGGACUCAAAUAUGUACAUAAAGUCUCACGCAGAGCGUCAGGCUGUGAAUACAACAGUCCAGGGGUCUGCUGCAGACAUUGUUAAAUUAGCCACUGUCAAUAUUCAGCGCAGAUUGGAAGACGUUCUUCCAAACGUGCCACCGUCACAUCAGCAUCAUUUAAACAGCAGAGACAACAGCUCAUAUAGGCCUCAUGCCAUGCCUUCCCGGGGAGCCUUCUUCGUUCUUCAGUUACACGAUGAACUUAUUUAUGAGGUUGCAGAGAAGAACGUCAUCCAGGUUGCACAAAUUGUGAAGCGGGAAAUGGAAUCUGCAGUGAAAUUGUAUGUGAAACUCAAGGCAAAAGUUAAAGUGGGUCCAAGCUGGGGAAAUCUACAAGACUUGGAUAUAUAAAAGCUAAUGUAUUUGGCCAAAUUUUUAAAGUGUAAAAUCUGUAAAUUAUUGUAAUACAGUAAAUUAGUAUUAGCAGCCAUUUUUAGCUCAAAUUGAAUGUUUCCAUGAACUUUUCAAAGUGAUUAUGAAUCUCAGGUGUAUUUCUGUAUUAUAAAAGUAAACAAAUGUUGUAAAUCAAUUUUUACUGGAAGCUAGAACAAUUUCAUGGACUUUAAUAAUCAUAAACUGUUACAUGUAUUGGGCUUUACUAAGGCAUUUCACUACUUGAAAAUGCACCCAAUUUGACACUACAUUAAAGUUACGACUCUACAGGCAACA